AUGGAAUCCCAGAUGGGCGAGAGGAUUUCUGAUCGUUUAUGCGGCCGCAUUCUGCUGAAACAGGCCAAUUUGAAUGAGCUGCAACGAGAGAUGGUUUCUCUUCGAGGUCCAGUGCUUCGCACCUUUGAUGAAGUUGCAAAUAUGCUCCGGCCGUUGGACAGGCCGGAAAUGUUGGCUAAGGUGACUGAUUCCUCAUCCAGUGCCAAAGCGUAUGCAGUGAGCUUUGAACAGGAUCCACCUGGUCAGUCCGAGCCUGUUGACGAGGUUGACGACAAUGAGAUAGAUGCAGAAGAUUGGGGUAGCUCAGAUGAAGAUGAAGAGGGCUAUCCAUAUGUCUACUUUGAAGACCGAGAGCACGAUGAGCUUGAAGCAGUUGAGAUCAUGGCAUACCAUGCCGCUUACAGGGAUGUUCUCCGUGAGCUUCAAAAGAGAAAGAAUGAACGCGGCUAUGUCUCUCGAGAUCGUGCUAAAGGUUCUUCAAAGGGCUCUCGUUUUGUUCGCAAGGGCAAAGGCAAGAGCAAAGGAAAGAAAGGAAAAAGAAGUUUUCAGCAGCGCAAUAGCAACAAGGGCUACGAGGAUGAUCUGGAGCAACGAACACGUUGUUGGAAUUGUCAGGAGUUGUGGCACUUCUCAAAGAACUGUCCUUUGAGCUCCCGUGGAGCAGGUUCUUCAAGUACAUCAGCCUCCACCAGACGACAACAGCAGUUUGUUGUGAACAAUGGACAACAGUCGUUUGCAACUCAGCAAUACAUGCAGUUUUCCAUGCGUCCAUUGCCAGGUCAGAAUCCACAGGUUUUCAUGCAUGCAAUGCAAGCGGCUCGCAUUUCAGUGUAUGCAGGAGUUGUUUGCGCACCAGGUGAAGCAUUGGUUGAUACAGCAGCAGAAGAAGCGGUGAUUGGCACACGUGCAUUGCAAUCUUUACAACAAGAGUUGAAGAAGCAUGGGUUGCAGACGCUGAAAGUUGACCCCUUGAUGCCCCUCCCCACAGCAGGUGGAAUCGGUGGCCAAGCUGCAGUGGAGUGCUUGGUUGAAAUCCCCAUAGGGGUUGCUGGCAGCUUUACAGUUCUGAAAGAUUCCAAUGAUUGUGCCACUCCACCACUUCUGCCCAUUUCGUUCCUCGAGACGAUUGAAGCAACAAUUGAUACCAAACGAGACCUUUUGGUGGCCGGCAAUGGUAACACUGCACCCAUGCGCCGGUUGCCAACCCGCCAUCGUGCUACAAGCAUCCUCAACUUCGCCGACAACAAGUGGAGUCUCCCGGUUCAGCACCGGAAGGAUCCUGCCAUCGAUCCUUUUGAGAUUCCUAGGACGAAUACAGAAACUUUUCAUGGCCGCGCUCACGAGAAGCGUGACCUCUGUGCUGAAAAGAAGGCUGCCACCUUUGGCCCCACUGCCGAUGCAACGGGUGGGCCUCCCAAGACAGUCAGAGCUUGGAAGAGGCUGAUCAUCACCAUCCUCAUGCUCCUCCGGAACACCCGACAAGAGAUGCUGAUGGAAUACCUGACUCACAGGAUUCCGGAGCCGGAGGAGGCCAAGCCCCUCGACAACAAGCGCAAGAAGAACAAAGGCUUGGAUCCAGAAGCCAAAGUCCGCAUGGGCAUCGGCAAACCUUUGUCCAGAUCGGUUGCCCAAAAAGAAUGGAACUAUGCCGUGGAGGACUGCGAGCGCGAUCCAGACUACCUGAGACAUCGCGCCGGUCGUGGCCACUUUUGGUUCACUUGCCUGCAAUGCGGGGCAAGAUGGGAACGAUUGGAAACUUCGCAAUCAAGCUCCUCGACCUCCUUGGUGGUCGAACCAGUCAAGGGCAAGCACAGCAAACAAGCGUACCCGAAAGAAGUGCCACCACCAAAGUACCGUCAGGACCUUCAAGGGCAGAAUCUGGAGAUCAAGGUCAAGGACAGCGACCAGUUGCCGAUUGCACCCCAUGGACGAGCUCGUAGGAACCAGAGUGCACCAAUCGCACACCCUCCUGGACUUCAGAUGGUCAUGGCACCUCCAUGCCAGAGCCUCUCCAAUUACUCAACGGCCAGGACAAGUCGAUCAGCCGAGGAGAUGAGUGGACUGAUCGCACUCCAAGGCCUUCGCUCUCAAGGACAGAUCCCAAGCCCAGAGCGCUACCAGUUGAACAUGGACGAGAUGUCACCCACUGGGAUCAGUCAGUCCGAAUGGGAGGACGCCAUGAUGGCCUACGAGGAGGUGAAGAUUCAGGAAGUGGAAGCGAUCCACGGCCCGAAUUGGACCCAGGAGCAGUUCGACCAGAUGCACAACCAGUGA